GGGGUGCCGCUGCCCGGGGCUGCCGGGGCGAGGGAGCGCGCCCGCUCCUCAGCCGCCCUGGGGGAGCGGAGGUGCCGCGCCGCUCUCUUCGCGGCCGCUCGCAUUUGAAAAGAAAAGAAAGCACAAAGAAGGUGUUUCCCUAUACUGGCUCAUCUUCACUGUACCGCUCACCCAUUCUGAUUGCUCAUCAUAAUCACUAAGGGAAGAUGAGUAGCCUUUUGCGAAUAUGACGUCUCUGACUGGUGUCAUUGCGUCCCACCAAUCUGAGUGGGUGUCCUUCAGUGACGACCUGCUCCUCCCUGUUAAACCACAAAGUGGCACUGAGGAGCCUCUGGAAGAAUGUUUUUCUUCCUCAGACACCUCCUCAGAAGAGAACCAUAAUGUGGAUAGAGAAUUUCAGGACCUCUCUCACAACAAUCUGAAUGAUGGAGCUGACAAGCCCAAGGUGGAUUCUGCUGUGCUUGGGAACCAUGUGUCUCCCAGAGCUGAUCUGUCAUCAUCCAUCAGUGCUUGGGUUCAGUUUGAAGAUGCACCAUGGACCAGUGCUCCAUCAACCCACCCACAAGCAGUGUCUCCAUCAAAAGCACCCAGCUGGACUUCCCCCUCCUCUGACUCUUCUGAGAGACGAGCCCAUGCCUCAGAGAGCAGCUGGACAACCAGUUCAGAGGACACUAGCAGCCCAAGCAUUGCUCCUUCCUACACAGAUCUGCAAUCAGUCAAUACUGAGGACUUGACAAGUGGUGGAACAUCUGCAGCAGAUUCAGCUGACAAUUCCUCGUCGCUCCAGGAAGAUGAAGAGGUAGAUAUGGAGGCUGUCAACUGGCAGCUGAACAACACCUCCAUGAAUGGGCAUUCAGCUACUCCAACCACAGCUCGCUUUCCCAGCUGGGUGACUUUUGAUGACAAUGAAGUCAAUUUUUCACCACAGAACCUUUCUCCCUUGAAAACAGACACCCCACCUGUGGAAAAACAGAUUCCAGAUGUGAACUUUAACCUCACUGCAUCCUUUAAGAAAAGAGAACGUCCUAAAAGUACAUUGGGUGACCGCUCCAAAAUUCAAAAGCUAGAUCUUUCCUCCUUAACCAAGUUGCCUUCUGUUGAAACACCACCAUGGAGUGCUACUAAUCCCUUCUUGGAUGAAUCUCUGCGAGAUGUCCAACCCUCACCCAUCAAUCCAUUCAGCUCAUUCUUUGAGGAGCGAGACAGGCGUUCCCAAAGCUCUUCUGUCUCUAGUGCUCCAGGCAAAAGCCAAAGAGACUCUCUUAUUGUUCUCCACCAAGAACCUGAUACCAUCAGUUUCCAUGAGUCAAAAAAGAGUGUAAGCCACACAGAUGCUGUAGAGCAGCUCAAGCAACUCCAGAUUGGAGACCCAGAUCAUGUGAGCAGCCCUACCUUGCCUGAUGAUGACCCCAUGAUGCCACAUGAUCUGGAUGCCAACUUAUUUAACCUGGCACCAGCUCAACCAAAGGAUGGAUGGCCAAUGAUGCUCAGGAUCCCAGAGAAGAAGAAUAUUAUGUCAUCCAGGCACUGGGGACCAAUAUAUGUCAAGCUGACUGACAGUGGAUGUAUACAGCUUUUUUAUGAAAAAGGACUGGAGAAACCUUUCCGGGAAUUCAAACUUGAAAUCAAUCAUGAGAUUUCAGAGCGCAAACUACAGAACUAUGAUGAGAAUGGAAGGAUACACAGUGUGCGAAUAGACCGCACCACUUACAAGGAGAAAAAGAAGUAUCAGCCUAAGCCAGCUAUUGCUCACACAGCAGAGCGAGAGCAAGUUAUCAAGCUGGGGACUACAGAUUAUGAAGACUUCCUUAGCUUCAUCAGUGCUGUGCAGGACACACUGAUGAACUUGCCAACCUCAUCAACAGAUCUGAGCACAGUAGGACUGAACUACCAAGAAGAAGAAAUCACUGUUGACGUCAGGGAUGAGUUUCAUGGCAUCUUGGCCAAAGGAGACAAUGUGAUUCUCCAGCACAGUGUGCUGACCCAUAUCUAUGUUCUCAGCUUCCUUUCUGGCCUGGCAGAAUGCAGACUGGGCCUUAAUGACAUCCUGAUCAAAGGGAAUGAAAUAGUUGCAAGGCAGGAUAUUAUGCCCACUACUACCACUAAGUGGAUUAAAUUAUACAGCUGUCAGUUCCAUUCAUGUGUGGAUGAGGAUAUGUUUAAUAACUCCCGUAUUAUCCUAUUCAACCCCUUGGAUGCCUGCCGAUUUGAACUGAUGCGAUUCAGAACUGUCUUCGCUGAGAAAACUUUGCCUUUUACUCUGAGGACAGCAGCCAGCAUCAAUGGUGCUGAGGUGGAGUUGCAGAGCUGGCUGAUGAUGUCCACUGGGUUCUCUUCCAACCGUGACCCUUUAACUCAGGUCCCUUGUGAAAAUGUGAUGAUCCGCUACCCAGUGCCAAAUGAGUGGGUGAAGAACUUCCGCAGGGAGAGCGUCCUGGGGGAGAAAUCUUUGAAAGCCAAGGUGAACAAGGGCGCCAGUUUUGGAUCAACCAGUCUGUCUGGUUCAGAGCCAGUAAUGAGAGUAACUCUGGGAACUGCCAAAUAUGAGCAUGCCUUUAACUCCAUCGUAUGGAGGAUAAACCGACUGCCUGAUAAAAACUCAGCUUCUGGCCAUCCGCACUGCUUCUUCUGUCACCUAGAGCUUGCCUCUGACCGGGAAGUGCCUUCCAGUUUUGUCUGCCACGUGGAUGUGGAAUUCGACAUGCCCACCACGUCUGCAUCCAAAGCCACUGUUCGGUCCAUCUCUGUUGAGGACAAGACAGAUGUGAGGAAGUGGGUCAACUAUUCAGCACACUACAGUUACAAGGUAGAAAUAGAGCAGAAAAAAAGCUUGAAUGAGGAUCUGAAGGGAGAAGAUACUGAAAAUCUCAAUGAAUGUGCCACACAGUGAGAAGAUUAGUCUGCAUGUCCUGAGAGGAGCCCUGGAGGAGGAAUUAACAGCCCCAGAAGAAAGGAAUUGCAGCAUUUUGGUAUUGUUCUUAAAAAGUAUGGAUUAUUACUUUCAAAAUAAUGCUCCACAGAGUAUUCAGUGCUUUUGCUCAUGAUGAUCCAUACUUUGAGAAGAAGCUCACCAGUGGUUUGUUUGGAGUGGACCCAUGGGCUUUUGCUGGAACGAUUUAAGUACAGUAUAGUAAGUACUGUAUAGACAGACUGACUUGUAUUACAGUCAAGUUUGCCUUCGCUGCCUCCUCACCAUGUAGGUUCUGCACUGAAGUAUGGUGUGGCCACCAUCACAGCAAAAUCAGAAAACAGCCUUCAUCUCACUUGCAGUCUUGCCCUCCUGUGUUAAGCACAUGCUAAGCUGGUUUGGUCAUCAGUAGUUUCAUUUCCUUCUGAACUGCCUAAUAAAACCCAGUGAGCAUUGAGUAAAAAAUGAUACAGUGUCUCAUUUCUGAAGUUGUCAACACAGUGAAAAUCCUGACCAUCAUUCUGGAGAAUCAAUGAACUCUGCAUCUUAGACAUAGCAAACGUCAAGCAGGUGAACGACUGACAGUUCAGCUGAUCAUCUAGCUGUUCUUCUAAUCACCCUUUCCUGUCUUGUCCUCUGAACUAGCACAUGUCACAGUGCAUAUUUUCAUUUUGGGUCUGGACAAGUUACAAGAAAGCUUCUGCAAUUCUUAAGAUUUUCAUUUUUUAGUCUGGGCUGUUUUAUUAUCUUGACUGAAUAUGGUUAUAGCUGCUAGUAACAGAGGAUGUGGUUAUAACGGAGAUGGUACACAAGGGACAUUACUAGAAAGAUAUUUAAGGAAAAAGUUUCCUUUUUUUUAAUGUUUUCUUGGAUGGGUAAUGUGGCUGAUUAUUGAAAAAUGACAGAACAAUAUUACUGUCUGUCCUUGCAACAUAGUAUUACUUUCAUGUUCUAUUCUGAACCUACAGUCCAAGUAAUUUCUGUGCAACUAUCUUUAUAAAACACCCACUAACUUGCACUCAACUUUUUUUUACAGCACUAAAACUGUAGGCUUCCAUUGUGGAGAUUUUUAGAUCUCCACUUAGCCAAAAGUAACAGCAGGUCUUAAACCUUCUUUAAUAAAAAUACAGAAGGCAAAAAAAUCACUCAUUCGUAUAUAUUAUCAUUCAGAUAAAACAGUGUUCAAAAUACCUAAUUCUUCUAGUUGUUUUCAUGACUUGCAUAAUAUUUUGUCUCAAAGUAACUUUAAAUAUGAAAAAGUAAUUUAUUAAACCAAUCAUCUUUUAAAAGGUUACUGCUGGCUUUAAAAUCACAUAUUUGGAAGGCCCUGGCAAUGUAAUUUAACAUCAUAAUGAAUUAAAAUGAAAACUUUUUAUAAAAGUUAUAAAAGUAUUUUACAUUUUACAUAACAGAAAAUUAAUUUUCACUUCUGAUUCAUCACUUCUUUCACUAUUUCAUUUUUCACCAUGAAAAUCACUACAGUGGUUAAGGUCCCAAAUAAAACAUGAGAUUAAUUACACUGAGUCCAAAACCUGUAGUGGUAGACUUUAAAGCAAAUUACAGGGAACAUCUGAAUGCCCUUCUACAUGCACCUAAAUUUAAGGCCUAGAUCAACCCAGUGAUAUAUAUUUACCCAGCCAUGCACCAACAAAAUCACACUGCUGUAAAUUAGUGGAAGUCUCAGUCCUUCAAGGACUUCUUAAUGAGCAUGGACUAUUGUGUUGCAAAUAGUCUUACUGAAGCCCAGAGAAAUUCUCUGAGCAUGCCAAUUAGUACUGAGUCUUUGCAACAUCUCUCUGUAAAUGGCAGAAUGGUACUAAUUUUUACAAAGCAUUUUGAGAUCAGUGGCAAAAACUACUGAUAAAGUGCUAAUAAUUUUUAUUUAUUAAUUAAUAAUUUAAAUAGGUCCUGAAACAUGUAACAGCACAGAUCUGAAUUCAUGCUCUCAACUCUGUUACAGGUUAGCUAUGGUGAAUUUCAUGGGAACUCCUCUGUACAAAAUCUACUUUUCUUCUCACUGUUCUUUCUUUUCAUUAAUUGUUUGCAGUACAAAGUCAUGCAAAGAACUUCUGGAUAUUCUUCCUGUUUUUCUCUGCUGCUUUUACAGUACAGUUUCUGAGAAGGACCAUCAAGAAAAUCAACAAAAGAGACUUGAAUGUGUUCUGAGAUAUUGCUGAUGAAGUGUGAGCUUUGUGAAAGAAACAGUUAAGGAGAUUUCCAGCUCUGAUCUUCAGACCCAAAGGAGUUGGCUCACAUAGUGUUUGACUUUUUGCAUAUUUUCCUCCAGCCAUGUAAACAGAAAUAAUAGCAAAAAAAAGAGCAAAAAUACAUUAUACUUCUUAAAGUGGGGAGAAAAAUCAAAUGAUAUCAUUUCCCAUCUCUGUUGAAUUCUAAACUGUUCAGUCUCUAUCAUACUCCACCCACAGAAUAUUUUACGCCCAGCAAAUUGAAAGGUGAACAUAAGGCAUAUUUCUGGGUUUCCUUUAUUUCUCUAACUCUUCAUCACUUCCUCUUUUUUUUUUUUUAUUUGAAGUUCAUAAAUGAAAAUAAGAGCCUGACUCUAACUUCUCUUACCUAGUUGUGGAACAGAAGUAUUUCUUCCAAGCCUAAUGGGGCUAUACAGGUAAAACUGGGAGAAUGCCAUGGCUUGUGAAAAAGCUAUUUUAAUCCAUUUCGGUCUUUGGAGAAUAUCUUUCCAAUGUUCCUGCCAUUGAAUUUUCAAGAGUUGGUAUGAUUCACCUUGGCCAGAUUUUUCAGAAGAUCUUAUUUCCCAUUGAGGCACUAGAGUAAGUGUUUAAUUUUUUUUCAAAAGAGCACUAUGCACCAAAUUCUUUAGAAAAUCUCAUGUUGAUGUCACCAGUAUGACCACUGAAUGCUUUCUUCAGUCCAGCCCCAUUUGAGCACUGAGCAUUUGAACAGAGGGAUCUCACUGCCCUUUUAGAGUGUCCCACUGUUCUUGCUUGAUUAGACAGUGCCAGCUUUUCAGUGUUAGAUAAUGUCUGUCACUGUAUGAACUGUAUGUACUUGAACCAUAUGCUCUUCAUCCAUAGGUAGUAAUUUGGACAAGUUGUUGAUGAGGAUGAGGGGAAGAGAACUGAGAGUUUUGUCAGUUUUAGAGUAGUAGAAAGGAUUUAGAUAAAAGACAAAGAUGUGCCUGUAGUAGGGAUGAUUUUAUCUUGAGGAAGAAUCUCUUUAACUACAUUGUUUAACACUCCUUUUGAGAAAGAUAUAAUCAUUGUUCUUUAGUUUAUUUGAAAACUUUGUAGUACUCAAAUGCUCCAUGCAGGAAAUGUGCCUUCAAAGUAAGCAUACAUUUAUUCCCUGAAGCUGUUCCCACUUUAAACCUUCCUUCUAUUUCUCAUUAUGGUUUUAUUUCAUUUUUGUACUGUGUUAAGACUUGAGCUGUUGCAGGGAAUUUUGCAUAGAAAAAUAAACAGUUUGAUCACAAGGGGUAAAGAUGAACAUCAUCUCUGGGCAGCUGAGCUUAUUUGAGCAAACUCCUCUUACAUUUAUUAACUGUAGAUACUCCGCUAGCAGAAAAAAAUGGACAAAUUCAGCUGAGAAGUACGGUAUCAGACUGAUGAUAUUUGUGUCCUUUAAAACUACUUUAUUUAGAGUCAAAAUUAGUCAUUCCAUGAAGGAGAGAGAGAUUUGAGGUUCUUCGUUGUAUGAGUACUAUAAGAAAUUGCAGAAGUAUUUUGCCUUUUCUGAUGGGUUGCUGACUGACAUAUUUACUUGGCAAGACAUUCAAGACCUGUUGGUCAUCUGUGUUUCCGAGGUUGAAAAAUUCCUUUCAGUGACUUAUUGGCUCAUGUUUAUAGCUGUACUCCUCUUUGGAACUGCUCAGUACAAGAACUUGCCCUCUUCUGCCUCUUAAAUUAAACAUACAUCAUCAGUCAUCUGAGAUACGAAAUUUUCUGAUAGCUGGCAUAGCUGUUCUUAGCCUUCUUUUUUGUUCAGCCAUCUAACCAUCCACCAAUCCACCCAUCCAUCCAUUGUUACAUCAUUCCCUCCCUCCUUCCAUCUAUACUUGCAGUUCAUUCUUUGCACUAUUGACAUUGAUUGGUUUGAUUAUUAUUUUGUAACAUGUUCCUACCUUUUUUGUUUUGUAAAAUAAGAAAGUCUAUACACUGGGUAACUUUGUGGAAGUGGUUUAUUUUUUGUUCAUUUUACUUCAGCAGUUGAAGUGGGAUGUCAUUUUUUGUUUGAACAAUGGGAAAACUUAAAUAAAUGUUAAGAUGAAACAGAA